AUACUUAUAUAGACUAAAAAGCACAUGAGUUGAUUAUUUAAAAGCCAGCUUCCCCACUACUAGCAAUCAUUUCAAACCCUUCAGUCUCUCCACAAUCUCACAAAACCCUCCUUUUAUCUUACAACUCUUCCCUCCCCUUUAAUACCGUCAACACCCGUCACAAAUUCAAACAAGCUUUACCUGCACACCAAAAAAAAACCCCACAUAUUCUUAUUACACAAAUUCAAUUUGAAAAUUUCACAGACCUCAAACAUGUCCAUGAUUAGUACAGGGGUGCUUUCAGCAGACCCCGGAGCUGAUAAGAUACACAAGAAAUUGUUCCACCACAGGAACGACUCCGGCGAGCUCGAUGUUUUUGAAGCUGCAAGGUACUUCUCAGGAUACAAUGAAACUCCCAGCAGCCAUAAAAACAACAAGACUUCGGCAUUUUCGCAGAGGAUGAUGAAAGAAGACAGAUCGUCAUGGAGAGGAGGCAGAAUCAGCCUUGACAUGCCUAUCAGACACAUGCUUCAUCAUCCUCAGCAAAACCCUAAUCACCAUAACCACGUGGCAAUGGAAAAGCAAAGCAACAUCAAAGACAAGAAGUACAAGCAACCAAGCUCUCCAGGCGGGAGGCUGGCCAGCUUCCUGAAUUCUCUAUUCAACCAAUCAGCGUCCAAGAAGAAGAAGUCGAAAUCCAGCGCCACACAGUCCAUGAAAGACGAGGAGGAGAGCCCGGGUGGGAGAAGGAAGAGGAGGAGCAGCAUUAGUCAUUUUCGAAGCUCUAGCACCACGGAUGCCAAGUCCGUGUAUUCCUCAUCGAGUUCAGGAUUUCGAACACCUCCACCUUAUAGCCAUGCACAAAUGGUAGCCUCCAAUAGCUACAAAGAUUUGAGAAGCUAUUCGGAUAAUCACAAGCAGCAAUAUCAACAGCAGCAGCAGCAGCAGCAAACGGUUUCUUUAUCAAAGUACAAUACGAAAUUCGAUGAGAAAAGAUCAUCAAACAAAGAACUGACUUGGUUGGAUCAUGAGAAGUUCAAAUUAUCAGAGAAAUAUAAGAUUAGUUCCGACCAGGACCACAAGGGUUUGCUCAAGAGGCUCAGUGAGGUUGUUGAUGACGAGCAGGAAGAUGAAGGUGCAGAGAGUGAUUCGAGCUCUGAUCUUUUCGAGCUGCAGAAUUAUGACUUGGGUUAUUACUCGAGCGGCUUGCCUGUGUACGAAACUACAAAUGUAGACAACAUCAAGAUCAGAUCAGUAACACCAAUUUCCAAUGCCUCAUCCUAAAACAUACAUUUGUGUUGGAUAUUAUUGGAUUAUGCAUAUGUGGUUGAGAAAGGAAUUAAAAUUUCCUACAUUUUUCUUUUUAAGUUCUCGUAUCUUAAACUUGCAUUGGCCUUUUUUCUAUGUAUGUACAGUUGAGAAUGUUUGUUUUCUGCUUUUACUUUGCUUUUGGAGAUAUAUAUGUAUAGGUUAAGAUUUUUAGUA